AUGGCAGCCUCUGUUAUGGCCUAUUUGGCUCUGAAACCAUCUCGAUCUCCAUUCUUGGAUCGAUCGAGGUUCCCAGACGUGAAGUCAUCUGCAAGAGCUUCAGCCUUAAAAGUAAUGGCCAAGAGAGUAAAGAAGAUCCAACUUCUCAGCCUUGCGCACUAUCCUGGAAUAGAAUACUCAAUACUCACAAACUUUUUCUUGUUAACAUACAGGGCUAGCAGGAGGAUUGUUGAUGCAUCUGGAAGGCCAGCCAAGGGGAAGGGCGUCUAUCAGUUCGCCAGCAAAUACGGGGCAAACGUUGAUGGGUACAGCCCAAUAUAUAACCCAGAAGAAUGGUCUCCAAGCGGUGACGUUUAUGUUGGAGGAAAGACAGGGUUGUUGCUCUGGGCAAUCACUCUUGCUGGAAUUUUGCUGGGCGGUGCUCUUCUUGUCUACAAUACUAGCGCCUUGGCUUCUUGA